AUGAAGAAAUUCAAAGAUAGUUUACACAUUUUCUCACCAAAAAAUAAAAGAUUUAAUGACAAUAAGAAAAAUGAAAUACAAAAAGGUGUAAUUUAUGAAAUUGGAAAUGAAAUAGAAGAAAAUUUUGAUGAAGAUGUAGAAAAUAUAAAAUUUAAUGCUGAUGAUAUAUCCUCUUUUUUUUUAAAAAAUAAUGAGUCAGAAAAUAAGGAAGAAUACUUAAAAUAUGAAGAUGAAAAUGAAACAAGAAAAAAUAUUUAUAAAAAAAUGGAAAAUAAUAAAAUGGAAACAUUAUUUAAUCCAACUUUUAAUGGUCCUUAUAUAUGUUGUAUUAUUAUUUUAUCAAGGCAAGAGAAUGUAGAAUUGGAAUUUAUUUACCCAUCUAUUGAUAUAAAUGAAGAAAAUAUGUUAAAAAAAAAAAACAUAAAAAUAAUAGCACCCUUUAAUGUAUGGUUUAGAUAUAAAGGAGAAUGGAUAGAAGAUAUAAAAAUGUUAAUUUUAGAAAGAAUGAAUUUAUUUAAAGAUAUUAAUAUGAGUAAUAUACUUUGUGAUUUUAACAAUUAUAAAUCAAAUAAUCAUGAAUAUAAUAUUCUUUAUGGUGAAAGUGGUAAUAAAUAUUAUUUAAUAGCUUUAGAUUAUCUAGAAGAUAAUAAAUGUAAAGAAAUUAUGAUGAUAAGCCAAAUUCCUUAUUUUAAUAUUCUUUCAAUAAAAUUUCAUUCAGUUAUACAAUCGUUUUUAGUCAAGAAAGAUUAUAAAAUAUUAGAAAACUUUAUUGAUAGUUUUUCUUCAGACAAAAUAUUUGAAGAUAUUACAUUCGAUGACUAUUAUAUAAAUUUAUCUAAAGAUAUAGAACAUAUAAAUAAUAUUAAAAUAAAAAACAUUUUAAUAUUUUUAAAAGCUAUAUUAUUAGAAAGAAAAAUUGCUAUAUUAUGUUCUGAAAAGGGAAAUGCUUGUAAAAUUUUAUUGUUACUUUUAUCAUUUAUUCCAGAUAUUAUAAAUUUUGGAUUUAAUAUAAGAAAUUAUGAAGAGAAAUUUGAAGAGUGGAUAAAAUUAAAAUUACCAUUAAUCUUAUUUCAUGAAAAUUAUAUUUUGUUAUUACAUAUAGAUAAUCUUAAAGUAUUUAAUGAUUUUACUGAAGGAAAAAAUUAUUUGUUAUCUACGAAUGUUGAUAGUGAUGUACAUAAUUUUAUCAAAAACGAUUUAGAUAUUUUAUAUGACGUAGAUAAAGAUAACUUAAUAAUAAGGAAUGAAAAAUUGAUUAAUGCAUUAGAAUUAACCAAAUUUGAAAAUAAUUAUUUAAAAAAAAUUCAUUCAUCUUUUAAACCUUUUUUUAAUUUAACUUCAUUUUUUGAAAAUAUAAAACAAAAUGAUAAAAUAAUAAAUACUCAUAAUAUUAAUUAUUCAAAUACAAAAAUUAACAAUAUCAAUAAUGUUAAUAGUAUAAAUAAUAGAAUUUGUAAUAAUUAUGGUAAUAAAGAUAACACUAAUAACAUUAAUAACAAUAUUAUGAGUAACGAAAACAACACCUACAACACUAAUAAUAUCAGUAAUAAUAAUAUUUAUAAUAAGGAUGAAACAAAUGAAAUAGAAAAAAACAAUUACAUGAAAAAUAAUAAACAACUAUUGAAGGAAAAUAGUACAAACGAAAAGGAAAUACAAGAAGAUAAAAAAAAGAAAUUAAAUAAAAAUGAUAUAAAUAAAUUAAAUAAUAAUAUAUUAUAUACUAAAUUUUCAUCAAAUGAGUAUUCAGAUGAAAAAUAUGAAUAUAUUGAUGAUGAAGAAGAUAUUUAUGUUAUAAAUACAAGAUCACAAACCUUAAAAGAGAAGCAACAUAAAAAUUAUAUAGAAAUAAAUGAAAAUAUGAUAAACAACAAUGAAAAAGAAAAUAGUUUAAAAAAUGAUGAAACGGAAAAAUAUGUCACACAUUUAAGGAACCAUUUUCAUAUUUACUUUAACGAUUUUUUUUUUUUAAGUAAGGAGAAUUUUGAAGAAGGGAUAAAAGAAAAAAAAGAAUUAUAUGAACUGAAUUAUAAUAAAUUUUUUAUUGAAAUUUGGCAAGGAGAAACUAAGAAUUAUAAUUUUUUUAUUGAAAAAGAUUUCAAAAUUAAUAAAUUUUUAAAAAUAGCAGAGCAAAACAAUAUGUUAUUUGAUAAAAAAAAUAUAGAAGACUAUAACUUUGUAGAUGAUAUGUUAAUAAUUCAGAAAAAAGAAGAUACAAAAAAAGAAAUAUAUAAAAAUUUAAAGCAAGUAUUAAUAAUGUCAUUAAAAGGGUAUAUAUAUGAUGGUUCUUAUUGUAUUUUAAAAAAUUGUAAAGAAGGAUUAGGAAAAUUUAUUUAUAACAAAUAUGGCAUAACAUUCGAAGGAGAAUGGGAAAAUGAUCAAAUAAAUGGUUCAGGGCAUUUAUACACUAAUAAUUUUAAAUACUUUGGAAAAUUUGAAAAUAAUUUAUUUAAUGGAAAUGGAAUAUUUGUUGAUAAUUUAUUAAAUCAAUAUGAAGGGGAAUUUUUAAAUGGGUAUUUUAACGGAAAUGGAAAACUUAUAUUUAAUGGAAAUACAUACAUUGGCAUUUUUGAAAAUAAUAAUUUAGUUGGUAAAGGAAAAAUUUUAUAUAAAAAUGGUUCCAUUUACACAGGAGAAAUAAAAAAUUUUAUGCCCCAUGGUUAUGGCUUUUUAUCUUAUAAUAAGUCAACUGUAUUUGAAGGGUUUUUUAUUGGAGGGAAAAAAAAUGGAAACGGUUUUUUAACAAUUAAUUAUAAUUCCACACCAAAUAAUGUAUUCUGUAUUGAAGGAAAAUGGAAGAAUGAUGAACCUGUAAUAAGAAAAAAUUUUAAUAUCAUAUUUCCAAAUAAAGAUAAGUAUAUAGGAAAAAUAUAUAUAUUAUCAAAUUUGAAAAAUAUUAAUAAAGAUAAUGAUACGCGGGAUGAUACUAUAGUUAAAGAUAUAAACGAAAAAUUAUUUGAUGUAAAAGAAUUGAUUGAAAAUAAAAUUACCUAUAUUAAUCAAGAUAAUAAUAAGAUUGUUAAUAACAAGAAUGAUAUAUUAAAAGAAAAAAAUGUUAUUAAUGAUACUUCAAACAUUCACUAUAAUAAUACAAUUCCUACAUUAAAAAGUAACAAUAGUUUAGAAAACGAAAAUAUAAAAAAAAAAAAUAUGCCUUUAAAUGAUAACCAAAAAAAACAAUUAAUGGAACAUGAUUGUGAUAAUAACAGUAAUUCUGAAAAUAUAAAUUCUUUUAAAAAUAGAACUCUAAUGGAAAAACUUGAGAUUUUUGUUAAUAACAAAGAGAGAAAAUUAUUGAGAAAAUCCUUUGAAAUAUUAGAUAAAAAUUGGAUAUAUAGUACAGAAAAAAAAUUAAGAAAAAAUAAAGAUGUUGUUGAAUAUUUACAACAAAAAAAGUUAUUUAUUAUUCCCCACAGUAAAGGAUUAAGUAUAUAUAAUAGAAAAAAAGAAAAUUAUGAUGGGAAUUUUUGUUUAGGUAUGAAACAUGGAUAUGGUAUAUCAAUGUUUGAUGACAUAAACAGAUAUGAAGGAUACUGGUUUAGAGGAAUGAAACAUGGUUAUGGUAUAUUGUAUGAAGGAGAUAAUAUAUAUUAUGCUCACUUUAAUUAUGAUAAAUUAAUUAAAAAGGAAGAAAUUUUACCAGAACAAAUAAAUAAUUAUAAACCUAAAAAAGAUCCAAAUAUAAAAACAUACAAUAAUUUUUUAAUAAAUCAAUCUUUUUUUGAUUACAAAAACUUUAUAUCCACUUUUUUAUUCAAUUAUCUUUAA